AUGCUUGCUAGCAUCAAGGGCUUCUGGAAGGUGUGCCGCUAUGGAGACCUCUAUAUGGUUUUGGCGGCGUUGGCAGCGCAGUCUAUCAACAUAUCAGUCGGGUUUUGUCAAGGCUUCUCCGCGGUUCUGCUGCCCCAGUACACUCAUGAAUAUCCACAGAUAACUUACGAACAAAGCUCAUGGAUUGCGAGCUUGGGUGUGAUAUCAAAUCCAAUUGGUGCUCUGCUAGGUGGGAUGAUGGUUGAUGCAGUGGGUCGUAAGCUACUCCUGCAAUCAAUAGUUCUACCUAACCUUGUGGGCUGGCUUGUCAUCGCCUUCUCGGAGUCUUACAUCUUCCUUUGUGUUGGGAGGUUCAUCACAGGAUUCACUAUAGGUAUGUCAACGGUCUCCUACAUCUACGUAGCGGAGAUCACAACAGCGGAAAAGCGUGGCGUAUUAAGCGCUUUAGGCCCUGGAUUGGUCUCCACCGGAAUAUUUAUCGUGUACUCCCUUGGAUCAUUUGUCCAUUGGCGGAAAGUCGCUGCCAUCUGCGCCGCUGUCUCACUUCUCACACCGUUCCUCAUGUAUUUCGCUCCAGAGUCACCUCUAUGGCUCGCCUCCAAAGGUCAGAUGAAAGAGGCCUACAACGCCAUGUUUUGGCUUCGGCAGAACAACAACACCGCUCAGCAGGAGCUCAUGGAGUUCACCAAAGACCGCAAGAAUGACGAGGAAAUGACGUUUCGCCAAAAACUUGCGCUCUUCAAACGCCGGAGUGUGCUUAAACCGUUUGCAUUGCUCAUAGGUUUCUUCUUGUUUCAAGAGAUGUCAGGGAUAUAUGUGAUACUCUACUAUGCUGUGGACUUCUUCAAGUCCGUUGGUACAAGCGUAAAUGAGUUCACUGCUUCCAUUAUAGUAGGGGGAGUGAGGGUGUUCAUGGGAGCUGUUGGCGCGUGUUUGAUCAAUAGCUUCAGGCGUAAAACGUUGGCAGCAACAUCCGGAUUGCUUCUAGGCAUAACUAUGCUUGGCGCUGCUGUAUGCGACUCGUUACAGGGACCACCGCUGGUGAAGCUGGCGUGCGUCCUACUCCACGUAUCAGUCAGUAUGGUGGGCUUCCUACAGCUGCCGUGGAUCAUGUCGGGAGAGCUCUAUCCGCAAGACAUCCGUGGAGUCAUGUCCGGGGCUACGGCAUGUUGUGCAUACAUGUUGAUCUUCUUCAACAUAAAGACGUAUCCCCAGCUGGAGUACUACCUCACUAGCAAUGGAACAUUGUACCUAUUCGGCAUCUGUGCGUUGCUAGGUGCAGCGUAUUGCUAUUUGUUCCUACCGGAGACCAAAGGGAAGAGUUUGACUGAGAUUAUGAAGCAAUUCAACGAUGAUAAAAAAGACGCAGAUCCGGAGAUCGGGUGUGAGAAGAAGUCAACGGUUGAGGGUACUGUGGUGCAGCGACGGCAUAGCGCCGGGGCUGCUGUGUGCCUUGAAAAAAGCAAUAAUUUGUUUGACAACAGGUGGACCCACGAAAAGACUGUUGAGCAACGCGAAUGA